AUGGAUCUGAGAUUGGCAGCAGUUCUCUUGCUCCUGUGCGCCACCUUUACCAUCAGUGAAGGUGGAAUUCCAAGGUGCUGUGUGAAGAUAAGUCAAAAAAUCCCUCAACGCUUACUGAAACACGUGGAGAAGUAUGACUUCCAAACGUCCUCUGGAUUUUGUGACAUUCCUGCUCUGGUACUGUACAUGAAACGGAAGAAAUUCUGCGCUGACCCCAGCCUCAUAAAUAAGGUGAUAAAUGCGAUAAAUAAAAGAAGAAAACAGGUACCGCAGGACCUGUUCGGAAUGAUUAAGUAAAUGGUGUGUGGUGGAAGGUCAUGGUGACCUCUGAAUUGCUUCCUUAAUAUAAUCUUCAUUUCUAUGACCUAUGGAAUGGUCUGGUGUCAUGCGUUUUUCCUUAUGAAGUUUGGUGAAAAUUUUCACUCUUGUAUUAUGUUUUACUGCAUGUCGUACCCAGAUUUUUGAUAUCUUGUGAUGUUCUGUACAA